AGACUAUAUGUAAUAUAUUUUCUUUUAGAACUAUGAUGACAAAAAACGACUAAGAUGAAGCUCAAGGAAAGGGCUAGGCUCAACCAUCUACUUGAUGCCGGGGACAUCACAGCCCAUCAAGUGGACAAAUUCCAAACUGCAGCUCUGAAGUUUCUGAUGAGAGCCGUAGAGUAUGCCCUACAAAAGCUGCCUCUGAGAGAACCCUUGCUGAAUCAUGCCAGAUUUGUGGAUGUGAGGCAGAGGGCAGAAUGUGGGGUGGAGGAUGCCCUUUACUUUGUGGAGAGGUAUGUCCAUCUUCUCCCUUAUCACAGCCCACAGGAACAUGAUGCACUGGGGGAAGAGUUCCUAGACUAUCAGACCAUGCCUUUGCCUAGAUUGGAAGCAGACCCAGACAUUGAGGGCUUCUGGGCCAAUAUGGCAAGUUUAAAACACAAGGUGACAGGGGUGGGCAGGUUUGAGCGACUCUCCACCAUGGCUAAAUUGGUGUUAGUCCUGCCACACUCCAAUGCUGAUGCAGAGCGGGUAUUUUCGCUGGUGGGAUUAAACAAAACAAAAACUAGAAACAGCCUUGCCCUGGAGGGAACACUGUCAUCUCUAAUGGCAAUCAAGGUGGCAGACUUGGAGCCAUGCUUCAAGUGGGAGCCAUCCAAAUCAAUGAUUAAGGCUGCAAAAUCAGCCACCAGCACUUACAAUAGAGCACAUGUUAAUCUGUGAACAUGUUAAUCACAUGUUAAUCCUAUUUCUGUAAAAUGUUUGUGAAAAUUAAAUGUAAUGUAAAUCUUCCAAGAAAUUCUGUACAGAUACCAAAUACUUUGACAAUCAAUAUAUACCUAAUACACUUCUGCUAAUGCAAUGAUUUUGUGUUUGUAUUUUUUCCACACCA